AUGGGACAAGGACCAUCAGGUAUGACAGGAGGUAAUAACCUCAAUAAAAAGAAGGAUGACAAGAAAAAAGAAAAGCCAAAGUACGAGCCACCAGUGGAAUCAAGAUUUGGUAAAAAGAGAAGAAAAGGUCCAGAUACUGCUGUGAAGUUACCUAAUGUAUAUCCUAGCACUCGUUGUAAAUUGAGAUUACUAAAAUUGGAAAGAAUAAAGGAUCACUUGUUGUUGGAGGAAGAGUUAGUGUUGAACCAAGAAGCCUUCCAGCCAACGGAGGCAAGACAAGCUGAGGAAAGAGAAAAGAUUGAUGAAUUGAGAGGGUAUCCAAUGGCAAUUGGAACAUUGGAAGAGAUUAUAGACGAUGACCAUGCAAUUGUUUCGAGUACCGCCAGUUCUGAAUACUAUGUCCCAAUCAUGUCAUUUGUUGAUAAGGGGUUGUUAGAACCAGGCUGUUCCGUUUUAUUACAUCACAAAACUGUUGCCGUUGUAGGGGUGUUACAAGAUGACGCAGAUCCAAUGGUUUCAGUGAUGAAGCUCGACAAAUCACCAACAGAGUCAUAUGCCGAUAUUGGAGGUUUGGAGUCGCAAAUACAAGAGAUUAAGGAGUCUGUUGAGUUGCCAUUAACUCAUCCUGAAUUAUACGAAGAGAUGGGUAUAAAACCACCAAAAGGUGUUAUAUUGUACGGUGCACCAGGUACCGGUAAGACAUUGCUAGCCAAGGCUGUUGCCAACUCAACAUCAGCAACGUUUUUGAGGAUAGUGGGAUCUGAAUUGAUUCAAAAGUAUCUUGGUGAUGGUCCAAGAUUGGUUCGUCAGAUUUUCCAAAUUGCUGCAGACCACGCGCCAUCGAUUGUGUUUAUAGAUGAGAUUGAUGCAAUUGGAACUAAAAGGUAUGAAUCCACGUCAGGUGGUGAGAGAGAAAUUCAAAGAACAAUGUUGGAAUUGUUGAACCAAUUGGAUGGGUUCGACGACAGAGGUGAUAUUAAGGUAAUUAUGGCAACAAACAAGAUUGAGAGUCUUGAUCCUGCAUUGAUUAGACCAGGUAGAAUAGAUAGAAAGAUCCUUUUUGAGAACCCAGACUCAAAUACGAAGAAGAAGAUUUUGACAAUCCAUACAUCCAAGAUGAAUUUGGCUGCUGACGUCAAUUUGGACGAGAUUGUUACUGGAAAAGAUGAUUUGUCGGGUGCUGACAUUAAAGCUAUAUGUACAGAAGCUGGUUUAUUAGCAUUGAGAGAAAGACGCAUGCAAGUUAAGGCCGAUGACUUCAAACAAGCUAAGGAGAGGGUGUUGAAGAAUAAAGUUGAAGAGAAUCUUGAAGGUUUAUAUUUGUAA